AUGGCGGGCCCGCGGGGCGCGCUGCUGGCCUGGUGCCGCCGGCAGGUCGAGGGCUACUGCGGGGUGGACGUGCGCGACCUCAGCGGCUCCUUCCGGGACGGCCUGGCCUUCUGCGCCAUCCUGCACCGGCACCGGCCCGACCUGCUGGAUUUUGACUCGCUUUCCAAGGACAAUGUCUUUGAGAAUAAUCGAUUGGCCUUUGAAGUGGCUGAGAAGGAGUUGGGGAUCCCUGCCCUCCUGGACCCCAGCGACAUGGUGUCCAUGCGUGUCCCCGACUGUCUCAGCAUCAUGACCUACGUGUCCCAGUACUACAACCACUUCUCGGGGGCCGGUCACGCAGGCGUGUCGCCCCCCGAAAAGGGUCUGGCACCCUCCUCCCCACCCUCUGAAGUGCCUAGUCCAGCAGAGCCGGUGGCUGCAACUCAGGACGCCGAGCUCUCCGCGGGCGCCCAGCGGCCUCCCAGCAGCACCUGCGCGGCCUGCGGCCAGCACGUCCACCUGGUGCAGCGUCACCUGGCCGAGGGCAAGCUCUACCACAGGCACUGCUUCCGGUGUCGCCACUGUGCCAGCACCCUGCUGCCAGGGGCUUACCAGAGUGGACCGGAAGAUGGCACCUUUGUCUGUGCCAAGCAGUGCACCAGGUUGGGCCCUGGAGCUCGAUCAGGGGCCAAGCCCGGGCUCCCCUCUCAGCCAAACCAGCAGCCAGAGGCCAAAGCCAAGGAUACAGAGGGAGUUGACCCGGACCCCGAUGCAGAUGCCAGGCUUGAGGUGGACACCCCCAAGACUGGUCCCUAUGCCCGGCCCCAAGUCCCUGCCAAGCCCCAGCUGGCGAGCAAACCCCAGGAACUGACCAGUCCCCCAGCCAGCCGCCCCACACCGGCCCCCCGGAAAGUCUCAGAGAACACAGCGCUCACUCCUCCCACACCUCGACCCCGCUCCAGCCUGUCGCAGGAAAGCACCGAGCCGGGGGGCAAUAGCCUUGUGAAUGGAAGGCUGCAUGAGCCCCCAGUCCCCAAGCCCAGAGGAACACCCAGGCUGUCCGAGAGGACACCAGCCUGCAGGAAGGACCCCCCGUGGAUGGCGCUCGUGCAGGCUGAGCCAAAGAAGAAGCCGGCCCCGCUGCCCCCCGGCAGCCCUGGGCCCCCCAGGCGGGCAGAUGGUGGGGGCCAGGACGAGGGGGUUGCCCAGCAGAGCCCUGCAGCUGCCGCCCCUGAGCCCAAGCCCUAUAACCCCUUCGAGGAAGAGGAGGAGGAAGAGGAGGAGCCCCCCGCAGCCCCCAGCCCAGCCGCCAUGUCAGCCUUGGCUCCCCCGGAAUCGACCUCCAAGUCCCUGCAUCCCUGGUAUGGAAUCACCCCCACCAGUAGUCCCAAGACAAAGAAGCGCCCCGCACCCCGAGCACCCAGCGCGUCCCCACUUGCCCUCCAUGCCGCCCGCCUCUCUCACUCAGAGCCCCCCUCGGCUGCCCCAUCACCCGCCCCGAGUGUGGAAAGUCUGUCAUCAGAGGGGUCAAGCCGUCCAGGCCCCGGGGAGCUGCUAGUGCCCCCCACGGUGCCCAAGAGCUCCUCGGAGCCUGCAGUCCACGCGCCUGGCCUUCCCGCCACUUCUGCUGGCCUCUCGGCCAAUUCCUCCUCAUCUUCCUCUGCCGAGCUGCUGGAGUCCCGUGGGGAGCGGACCCCCCAGGCCAGCCCUGCCCUGGCUCACAGUGGCCGGAGCAGCCCCCGACCCCCACCAGCCAAGCCCACCCCCGUCUCAGUGGAAGCCCGCAGCCCAGCACCCUCUCCCGGAACCUCGUCUCCACAGCUCCAGAUAAAAUCUUCCUGCAAGGAGAAUCCUUUUAACCGGAAGGCAUCGCCCACAGCAUCCCCGGCCACCAGGAAGGCCACCAAGGGGCCCAAGCCAGCUAGACCCCCUGCACCCGGACACGGCUUCCCGCUCAUCAAGCGCAAGGUGCAGGCUGACCAGUACAUCCCCGAGGAGGACAUCCACGGCGAGAUGGACUCCAUCGAGCGCCAGCUGGACGCCCUGGAGCACCGCGGGGUGGUGCUGGAGGAGAGGCUUCGUGGAGGGAUGAACGAGGGCCGUGAGGAUGACUUGCUCGUGGACUGGUUCAAGCUCAUCCAUGAGAAGCACCUGCUGGUCCGCCGGGAGUCGGAGCUCAUCUACAUCUUCAAGCAGCAAAACCUGGAACAACACCAGGCGGAUGUGGAGUAUGAGCUUCGCUGCCUCCUCAACAAACCAGAAAAGGACUGGACAGAUGAGGACCGGGGCCGGGAGAAGGAGUUGAUGAAGGAGCUGGUCACUCUCAUCGAACAACGCAACGCCAUUGUUAACUGCUUGGAUGAGGACCGGCAGAGGGAGGAGGAGGAAGACAAGAUGCUGGAGGCCAUGAUCAGGAAGAAAGAGUUCCAGAAGGAGGCAGAACCCGAGGGCAAGAAGAAGGGCAAAUUCAAGACCAUGAAGGUGCUGAAGCUUCUGGGGAACAAGCGUGAGACCAAGAGCAAGUGCCCGGGGGACAGAAGCUGACACAGCCCGGGAGCCCCCAGCCUGUGACUUAGCGCCUAUGGCUACUCCCUAGGGGCACCCCACUUCCUGGGGAGUGCCUUCGUGAGGAACUGACAUAAGGGGGCUCUCCGCAAGCCUUGAGUCGGAACAUCCCUGCUGGGGUGUUCCCUCAGUUCUGAGCUGUGGAUGGGGCUCUUGGAUGUCAAGAGCGGCUCAUGGGGAGAAAGGGGCAGUAGUGGUCCCCUUGUCUAGGAGGGAUGUGCAGCUGUUACACUGGUGUGGGCACCCCGCUCUGCGCAGGCCAGCAGGUGGGCGGGAGCCAGAGGGGCUUCCUGUCUCCCAUGUUCAGUGCGUGGCCACUCUGGGCUUGGGGUGUCCCGUGAGGCCUCCUCAAGGCCCCUCGUCAGUGGCCUCUCUCUCCAGCUCUGCG